UAUUUAUUUAAAUUCUAAAAGAUGUUGGCAUCGAUAAUUCUCAACACCGGCUUGUUUAUCAUCGGAGUGGGAUUCAAUGUGGACUUGUAUUCGGUACCAAACUUCCCAGAAUUGGACCUGGACAGAUGGUGGGGCGAUGGUAUCAAGCCUGAUUAUAUAGACGAAACAAUUAAGCCAUUUACGAUAGACUUUAAUGAUACGAUGAUAGACGAUUUAAGAAGCCGCCUUCGUAACCGAAGACCGUUCACAGCGCCCAUGGAAGGAAUACAAUCAGAAUACGGGUUAAACACUGAUUACUUCAACAACAUUCUUCACUACUGGUCAGACAGCUACAACUUCAAAGAAAGGGCUGAUAGACUGAACAGGUUUCCUCAUUACAAGACACGAAUCCAAGGUCUCGACAUUCAUUUCAUCAGAGCAACUCCCGAGGUGAAGGGCUUGAAGAUUCUCCCAAUACUCCUCAUACAUGGAUGGCCGAGCUCGUCUAAGGAGUUUGACCGGGCGAUACCAAUGUUGAUAGAGCCAAGAACGGGAUAUGAUUUCGUGUUCGAUGUGGUUGCAGUUAAUGACUUACCGGGCUUUGGGUUUUCGGAGGGCACCAAUAAACCUGGCCUGACUCCUGUACAAAUUGGCAUCGUGCUACGCAACCUCAUGAAGCGGCUUGGAUUCAGUCAGUUCUACAUCCAGGCCGGCGACUGGGGCUCGCAAGUCGCCACUCACAUGGUCACCAUGUUUCAAAAUGAAAUAUUAGGUUUCCACACCAACAUGCCGAUGUCUCGAAUGCCGAUCAGCGUCGCCAAAUAUCUAGUCGUCUCACUCUUCCCUUCGUAUUUCGUGGAAGAAAAAAACGUAGAGAGAGUAUCCUUCAAGCAGGUGAUCACGCAGCUCAUUCGGGAGUUCGGAUACUAUCAUUUGCAAGCCACAAAGCCGGAUACUAUAGGCGCAGCAUUGACUGAUACACCGUCAGGCAUAGCAGCAUACAUCUUGGAAAGAGUGGGAGCAGGCAGCAACGCUGACCAACUGAACACCCCACACGGGGGUAUGGAAAAUAUCAACAUCGACGACUUACUGGACACAGCUACUAUCAUGUGGGCCAACGAACGUAUUACCACGUCCAUGAGGAUAUACGCUGAGGCAUACGCUUGGCCUGAAGUCACUACGUUGCAUAGCAUCCCAACAAAAGUACCCACAGCGGCGAUAAAGUUUAAAUAUGAGAUAGUCUACCAGCCCGAUUGGAUACUACGCGACAAGUUUCCCAACCUGGUGCGCUCUACGGAACUGGACUUUGGCGGCCAUUUUGCCGGCAUGCAAACCCCUGCGGCUUUGGUUGACGACGUAUUCGCAUCGGUUACAGAAUUUAUUAAGUUCCAGUCGAAGAAUGUUGCUAACGAAUAAAGGUUUACCUAAUU